CGGACCAUGCGGAUUUGGUUUGGUAUUUGACUACGGCAAACUCUUAGAACUGCCAGCAACCUUGAACACGUGAGUUGGCCAAACAUUUCCCCUUCCAACAAACUGUAAUUAGAUUACCCAACUCAGUGGCAAGUUUAAAUGUUAGUAAAUCAGGUCAGCCAACCCUACACACCGGACGACGACCCACUGACUCACUGACUGACUGACAGUUGGGGGCAGAGUUUCGGCAAAAGUUUAAUUAGAUCUGCAUACGGAAUGAAAGGUCCCGGUCCCGCACAUGUUCAUGUCCCAAAAAAACAGGUUAACGAACUGUCAGAAUGGAGUUCCGGUAGCAGUCGUGUGUCUGCUGCUGAAAGGAUGCGCUGGCGCUGGCGCUGGCUCUGGCUUUGGCUCCUGGGACUCGUGGGUUUGCCUCAGAGCUGCACAGGACUAUCGAGCAACCUGCCACUGGAUGGCUAUCUGGCUGGUCUCAAGGAGCUGCUGCAAAAGAUACUGUGGACGGCAAAUGUCAAGCGUUGCUUUGGUGUCAUCACCGAUGACCUGCACUAUCCCAUCUACGAUCGGAACUUCUUCGAGUCGGUGGGUCGCCAGCUGGUGCCGUUCUAUGUGGUGCGCGUGAACGACAGCGAGGAUCUGCGUCGUUUGCCCGGCGAUGUGGAGCUCGUGCUGCGUGCCAUCAAGGCCAGGGACUGCGAACUGCACGUGAUCACCAUCCUCAAUGGCUGGCAGGUGCAGGGUCUGCUCAAGUUUGUCUAUGAAAACAGAGCGCUGAAUAUGCAGCGAAAGUUCCUGCUGCUGCACGACUCGCGGUUGUUCUCGCCGGACAUGCUGCACCUGUGGAGCGUCUAUUUGGGCAGCGUGUUCCUCAAGCGGCAGUCGGAUAACAGUUUUCAAAUUUCCACUGUGGCCUUUCCGGGCAUUUUGAGCGGCGUUUUGGUGCUUAAAAAUCUCGCCACUUGGCAGCGCGGCAAAACCAUCCAUGAAAGGUUGCUGUUCCUGGACAAUACGCGGGAUCUAAAGGGUGCCUCAAUGUCCGUGGCUGUGGUCGAGCAUGUGCCCAUGGUGCAGUGGUCCAACACAACAAACAGCUACCAGGGCGUCGAAGUGGACAUUAUGAAUGCUUUGGGCCAGGCACUAAACUUUCAGCCAAUCUACUAUGAGCCAAACGACAGUGAGGACACGGAUUGGGAGCAGAAUGACGAUGCUUAUGGAGAGAACAAGACCCACAUCGACUCCAAGCUCAUAGCGGAAGUGGCCAUGCACGGCGCUCGUUUUGCCAUUGGCGAUCUGCACCUGUUUCAGGUUUAUCUGCGUCUGGUGGAGCUCAGUUUGCCGCAUAAUUUCGAGUGCCUGACCUUCCUCACGCCCGAGUCUUCGACAAACAACUCCUGGCAGACGUUCAUCCUACCCUUUAGCGCUGGCAUGUGGGCUGGUGUGCUGCUCUCCCUUUUCGUCGUGGGCAGCGUCUUCUAUGCCAUUAGCUUCCUGAAUGCCAUUCUCACUGGCAGCGGCCAUGAUGCUGGCUUCUCCCGCUGCUGUCGCAGGCAUCCAAGCCGUGGCGAGCCCCCCGACCCGAGCAACUAUCGCCGGCUGAGCUUCCGCGUGGCCCUGAGCCGCUAUCGUCCGCCGCUGGGUGCUGGCAAGCAUCGCGAUCUCUUCGAUGAUUAUGCCACGUGCAUUUUGCUCACCUACAGCAUGCUGCUGUACGUGGCGCUCCCCCGCAUGCCACGCAACUGGCCGCUGCGUGUUCUUACCGGUUGGUACUGGAUUUAUUGCAUACUGCUGGUGGCCACAUAUCGUGCUAGCUUUACGGCUAUAUUGGCCAAUCCUGCAGCGAGGGUCACCAUCGACACGCUGGAGGAUCUGCUGCAUUCGGGCAUACCGCUCACAGCUGGCGCAGCCGAGAACAGGCAAUUCUUUCUGGAUGCCAUCGAUGAGGUGGCACAGAAAGUGGGCGCCAAAAUGGAUGUACUCGAACACAAUGAAGAGCUGACAGCGCGCAUUGCCAAGGGCCAGUGCGCCUACUAUGAUAAUGAGUUCUAUUUGAGAUAUAUGCGCGUGGCGGAUGAGGCUGGUGGCGUGGGCUCCGCGCUGCACAUCAUGCGGGAUUGCGUGGUGCACAUGCCCGUUGUGCUGGCCAUGGAGAAGAACUCGGCGCUGAAGCAACGCGUGGAUAGCACGUUACAACACAUGACAGAGGGUGGUUUGAUAGCCAAAUGGCUAAAGGAUGCGGUCAAACGUCUGCCCGCGGAGGCGCCUGCCCAACAGGAAGCGCUCAUGAAUCUCACCAAAUUCUGGAGCUCCUUUGUAGCCCUAGGCAUUGGCUAUGUAGCCUCGAUUCUGGCACUUUUGGUGGAGCAUUGGCACUUCAGGCACAUCAUUAUGAGGCAUCCCAUGUAUGAUGCACUCAAUCCCAGCUUGUACUAUAACUUCAAGCGCCUCUAUCCGGAUUAGGGCAACAGUUCUGGAAUGCUCUGCUUAUGCACUAUACAUUAAGGCAAGCACAAGCAGCACAUCCACCCCAUAACGGAAUGAUUUACAGACAUCCAAUCCACUUACGCAAUGCUUAUAAUUACCAGCGGCAGAUGACAAAUGUUUUGUGGGGUACUCGAAAAAGCUGAAAAGUCUUCAUUGACGCACCACGAACAAAUGGCAAGAGGCCGUAGAUGUGAUGCCAUUUAUCAUGACGUGGCCCAAGUGGCCUCAAGUGGCUCCCCCCGAAAGCAAUGUGGUGAAUAAAUUCCAAGAGCCUUUUCGGUUGUGCCUUCAAUCAACUUUUGUGGUAAAUAAUGAUUUGCAUUGUUUAUGAGUUUAAUGCACAUUAGGCAUUAUUUGUUUAUGGCCAACGGAUCCAUCGAUUCGACACAAAUCCUGAGAUUCUCGUGCAGCAAUCGGAUGCUAAAUGCUAAAAGCCCAUAAAUAAAACGCUUUUAAGUGGCGAACUAAACCCAAAACAAAGAAAAACAUUUCUACACACCAAACACAGAAAUGAUUCCCCUUCAGAACUGUGUGGAGAUAUCGUCGGAGAGUGGCUGGGGAGCACUUCAUAAUUUGGAAUCAGCAGCAGAAUCGAAACGAAAAAAUACAAAUGGAAGACCACAAAAUACUAGCAGAUGAGCUCUUCUAGCUCUUGAGAGUUAAGCUAAGCGGAUACAUGAUGACAGAUUAAAGGUCAGCAAAAUGGAACAUAAUCGACAGUCUGGAAUAUCACAGUAAUGGGAGAGAUGCUACGCCUACAAGGCUUUUGUUGUUUGACUUUUGGAGCUACAAACUUAUGUCUGGAAAUAUAAAUUAAAAAUUUGGAAUUUUCUGCACGCUUUAUCCCUCACGUGCAUCUACAAUAUCUACAUGGCGACAACUUCGACUCUUAGAUGCAUUCGACUCUACUUUCG